AUGUCAUCGUCAACAACAACAACUACUACACCAACACCUACUAUACCAUCAAUCUUAGCAUAUAUACCACUGUUGACACCAACACCAACAACAACAACUACAUCAACCAUCACUAGUCUUACAACUAUAGCAGCCAUGAAUACAACAACACCAUCACCAACAACAACAAUGACAAUACCGACUAACAGCAGUACGGUUAGGGACGAAAAUCUGGCACUAAUAGAAGUGGCCACUUUGGGUACACUAUUUGUACUCAUAGUUUUCGGUAACUGUUGUGUACUGUUGGCUCUGGCCCUGAGGCCGAUGAAGAUGACCCGUAUGUACUACUAUUUGCUGCAUCUGUGCGUUUCGGACUUGAUUACCGGCUUUUUCACUGUACUACCGCAGCUGGCCUGGGAUAUAACCUAUCGGUUUAACGGCGGCAAUGUACUAUGCAAACUGGUCAAAUCGAUGCAAAUAUUGGGUCCGUAUCUAUCGUCCUAUGUGCUGGUAGUUACCGCUAUCGACCGCUAUCAGGCCAUUUGUUUUCCGCUGUCCAACUGUAGUUGGACACCACGGCGAUCCAAACUGAUGAUAGCCGGCGCCUGGUUGAUAUCCAUAAUAUUUUCGCUGCCCCAGGCAUUCAUAUUUUCCUAUCAGGAAAUACCGUUUACCGGGGCCGGCAGUUCAGGUGUCUACGACUGUUGGGGUACAUUCCCGCAGCCGUACGGCGAACGUAUAUACGUUACCUGGUAUGCCAUCAGUGUCUUCUUUGUUCCCCUGGUUGUCAUCAUUUUCACACACUAUUAUAUUUGUCGUGAAAUAUGGGUUAACGUUUCACUUAAACGUAAGAGUAGUCCGCGAGUCAAUACCGUUAACCGACUGUCCAGAGCCAAGAUCAAGACCGUCAAGAUUACUGUAGUGGUUAUACUAUGCUAUAUAGUAUGCUCGUCGCCGUUCAUAUUUGUCCAGCUCUGGGCCUAUUGGGUGCCCAGUGCCCAGCACUCGGCAUUUUGGACAGGUCCAAUACUAACAAUACUGAUGCUAUUGUCAUCGUUAAACAGUUUUGUUAAUCCAUUUAUCUAUUUGCUAUUCAAUCAAAAUUUGGGUAAAUCAUUGCUAAACUAUUGUUGUCGUAUAAAAUUUACGGACGAUUUUAUCAUCAAUAAGACUAAUGCAUCCGAAAUGAACAGCUAUUAUGUAAAUAAUGAUAGACAGGACAGUAGUGGUGGUGGUGUUGGCGGUGGAGGACAUCACCAGUUGGUUGAACAGCAAACUGUUGUCACCUCUAAUGGUAAACCAACUGUCCAUUUAUUAGCGCAUCAUAAUAAUAAUAAUCAUCAUAACCUAAAUGGACAAACAAUUGGUGCUAAUCGACGGACAACAAUUUCAAAGAUCGACAUCAGUGUGUGUUUUGACCAGUAG